AUGGAGCUGGAACACCUUCCCACUGAGAUCUUGCACCAUAUUUGCCUCUUCGUUCGAGAUGAUUCCUUCCAUGACCUUUCUUCCUUGAGCCGGACGAGUCGAACGUUGUUCUCGAUUGCCGCACCAGUAUUUUACAGAAAUCUUAUUGUACAUUGGAACGCUGAACAGAAAGAUGGCCCUGAGAUGGCAGUUGCGGAGCUGCAUAAGGCUGGGCUCGGCCGCCAUUAUCUCAAAUACGCGAGACAGCUCGAUAUUUUGUGCUAUGAUACAAUGACGGAAAGUAUUCCACAAUCAACAACAAAUGUGUCUUUAAAAUUCAGCAGUCAUCGUGUCGAGUUUACUAGCGAAACAUUUUUGGGCGCAUAUUUGACUGAACCCUUAGAGCCUGGUCUUGAACACCUUUGGGUGCCAAUGAUCCGAGAAUAUGGCAGAACCCAGAACUGGGUGACACCUCUCGUGGUCAUGUUGAAGAAUAUGGACAAGCUGAUCGAAUUUAACUACCAUCUGAAAAGCUCCUUUCCAGAGAGUAUUUUCGAUUGCAUUAAAGGUCAUCACCCUUCCUCGAGAUUGAAUAUCUUGGGAUGCCAGUUUGUGGCCCUCAACGAACAUGAUUCCAGACCCCCGAUAGGCUUCGAGUACAUCAGCUACAGAGAGCCCAUCCAAGCUUCCAUAUUUGACUCCCCGACUCUCGAAACUUUCACACUGUAUUAUCCCUGGAAAAUUCAAGGUGUUCCCCCACAAUAUGUGCACGAUGAAUAUUUCUUGACCCUUGCUCGAGUUCCGAAUUUGAAGCAUCUCCGGAUUUGGAAUGUUUCCACCAUGGAAGUCAUUGCUAAGGCUGGACCGGAGACAAAACAAAUUCUUGGUCAUCUUGAUCGGACAACAUCAGCUUCGACCCUUGAGUCUCUCGUCUUUUUCGGUGGAUGUUACCAAUCGUGUGAGCGUAUUAUCCUCAGAAUAUCGCGCAUCUUUGAUCUUUCGCGCCUUCGAUCAUUGGAGAUACCCCUGACAGAGGAUAUGACUCUCCUAGGGAAAGUAGCCCCAAUCCUGCAUAGCAUAGAGCGCCUCUCCGCCAUGCGCCAUCAAGACAACCCAGAAGAUCUACAUAUUUUUCGCGAUGAGAGUCGUGCUGUCGAAGCAAUCCUGUCAUUCAGGCCAUUAAAGGAUCUUCGAAUUCAAGUUAUUAGAAGUUUUGAUGCGCUCCAUACAAUCCUUCUGCACCAUGGAGGAUCUUUGCGGAGUUUAAUCAUAGAGCCAAGCGGUACUUUACACGACGCUCAGGAUAGAGCUGAUGGAGGCUAUAAGUUUCCUCGACUGGAUUGCCAUAGAAUUCGUGAAUUGGCACGCCUGUGCCCAAAUAUCGCAGAACUACACCUACAAAUAACGCGGUCAGCAGGUGACACCGAUGAAUAUGACGCGUAUAGAGCACUUGGUGAAUUUGCCUUUCUCCAUACUCUUUUCAUUGAUCUGCAAUGUGAUCCCCGACAAGAACCCCUUGAUGUCGAUGCAGAGCUCCCGUAUGAGCAAAUUUUCAUGAAUGCAGCAACCGAUGAGGUUCUGGCAAUAGCCAUCUGGGAUACCAUCGCCUCUCAUAAGAUCGGCAAAAAGCUGACGAAUUUGCGUUGUACACCAUUUGGGCAGCCCUUUUAUUCCACGACCUUGGAUUAUGUUCUUUCCAUCCUCGGUAAAUCAAUGCUUAUCAAACGACAGGAUUCUCAAGGGCCCAAUUCCUUGGAAGUAACUGCGAUUGGCGAGGCUCAACGAUGUCGGCGGGUCAAGGGGUAUCUGUGGGAUAUCGGUGAGUAUGUAGAUUCCGAAGAGGGUGAGACUGAAGACGAGGAAAACAUUAUUCCAGUCCUGGAUGAGGAGAUCGGGGAUGCUCUCUCCCACAUUUGGCCCGGGUGUUGGAGGACUACUUGGCAUAGCUUUCCUCAGGUUGAAAAUGGUUACGGUAUAUGA